AAAUGCGUUACGUGGCUGCUUACCUUUUGGCCUCUUAUGGCGGAAAAGUCAAUCCAACUGCUUCAGAUUUGGAAAAGAUAUUGAGCUCUGUUGGUAUUGAAUGCGACCUAGCUAAGGUCAAAAAAGUUAUUGCCGAGCUAAAUGGAAAGUCCAUUGAUGAAGUAAUUGCACAAGGACAGGGUAAACUUGCUAGUGUACCUUCUGGUGGUGCUGUUGCUGCUCCCACAGCUGACUCCAGUGGUGCUGCAGCCCCAGCUGCUGAAGAAAAGAAAGAAGAGAAGAAGAAGGAAGAACUUGCAGAAUCAGAGUCUGAUGAUGACAUGGGCUUUGGUCUCUUCGACUAACCUAAACUGUUUGACAGAAGAAUGUAAGUAACUGUAUAUUUGCUGUACAAUACUCUCAACGAACAGAACAGCUGAUUUCUACAUUUCAACAUGUGUUUCAUGUAUGCAAUCAUUUCUCCUUCACCUCUCGUUUA